UUUCAAUGUGAGUGACGAUGGUGAUGUCAAGGACACUAAGUGUGGUGCUCGUCAUCAGCUUCUUAGCAAAAGUGUGCCACUCACAGUUGGGUGUGUGCGGUGUGGCUUCUCUAAAUACCAAGAUAGUGGGAGGACAGGAUGCUUCUCCAGGUUCUUGGCCUUGGCAAGCUAGCCUGCAGACUGAUGGUGCCCAUUUCUGUGGUGGAUCCCUCAUCAACUCUAACUGGGUUUUAUCAGCAGCUCACUGCAUUGACAGUAAUAGUUCUGCAACUGUGACCGUGCAUCUGGGUGAGCAGUCACUGGGCAUAAGUAACCCAAAUGUAACAUCCAGAUCUGUUUCUCAAGUCAUCGUACAUCCCAGCUACAAUUCAGACACUAAAGACAACGACAUCGCUCUGCUGCAGCUGAGCUCUAGUGUGACCUUCACUAAUUAUAUUACGCCUGUCUGCCUGGCUGCAGCCGGAAGCACAUUCUUCAAUGGCACUCUGACCUGGGUCACUGGCUGGGGAGACAUUGCCAGUAAUGUAAGUCUUUCAUCUCCCUGGACCCUGCAGGAAGUACAAAUUCCAGUUGUUGGAAACAGGAAAUGUAACUGCUUACAUGGAGUUGGACAGAUCACAGACAACAUGAUGUGUGCUGGUUUGUUGGCAGGGGGCAAAGACUCCUGUCAGGGAGACUCUGGAGGACCACUCGUCAGCAAACAGAACAGUGUGUGGGUCCAGGCAGGCAUUGUGAGCUUUGGUGAAGGCUGUGCUCAGCCAAAUUAUCCUGGAGUGUAUACUAGAGUGUCUCAGUACCAAGAUUGGAUCAACCAGCACAUUACCAGCAACCAGCCAGGCUUUGUCACAUUCACUUCUACAGGCGCUGAUGGGGACCUGAGUGUGUCCUGUGAUGGCCUGCCUGCUGUUGCUACAGCCACCACAACAACUACAACCACCACUGUCCCCACAACUACUGCUUCAUCUGUGGUGUGUGGCAGUGCCAAGCUAAAUGCCGUUACAGGAGGGGGAAACUCCUUGGCAUCUGCAGGUGUGUGGCCAUGGAUGGCCAGCCUGCAACGUAGUGGUACUUAUGCCUGUGGAGGAACACUGGUAGCUGAGCAGUUUGUCUUGAGCUCCGCUGAUUGCUUCUCUAGCUCCACCAAUGCUUCUGACUGGACAGUAAUUCUGGGCCGCCUCAAACAGAACGGCUCCAAUGCCAACGAGGUUUCUGUCAACGUGAUUAAAAUCUCACUGAGCACUGGUACAGCGAACAACGUAGCAGUACUGCAAUUGUCUCGCAAGCCAACACUUACAGACUAUAUUCAGCCCAUAUGUGUGGACCUGGGGAGCAACAGUUUCCCUAUCAACACUCAGUGCUGGGCGUCUGGCUGGGGUUCAGGAGGUGGAGUUGAGCAAACUCUUCAGCAGUUCAACACUACUAUACUGGACUGCGGGAGCGCAUCCUCAUCUAACAGUAGCAUCUGCACAGGAGUCAUGCCUUUAGAACAGACUAAUAUAGGAGGUCCUCUGAUGUGUAAGGUUGACCAAUCAUGGGUCCAGCCUGCAGUUUUGACUCUGGCUACCAAGCUGUCUCGUGCCUCAGAUGUUCAGGUCUUCACUAAAACAUCAAGCUUCUCAGAAUUCCUGCUGACAGUAGUGGGCACCUUCCCUUCCAAAGCCAACACCACAUCUACCAACACCACCACCGUCAGUCCAGUCAGCUCCAGUGCAACUGAGUCAUCUACAUUCUUCUCUGUCAUGUCUCUCCUUCUGCUCCUGCUUUCUGCUCUCAUUCAAAUGUUCAGGUGCCACUCGCAGUUGAAUGUGUGUGGUGCAGCUCCUCUAAAUACCAGGAUAGUGGGAGGACAGGAUGCUUCUCCAGGUUCUUGGCCUUGGCAAGUUAGUCUGCAGGAUAAUGGUUUUCAUUUCUGCGGUGGAUCCCUGAUCAACUCUGACUGGGUUCUAACAGCGGCCCACUGCUUUGCAAGUUAUGUUGCUUCACAAGUCACCGUGUAUCUGGGUAUGCAGUCACUGUCCUCAAGUAACCCAAAUUCAGUGUCCAGAUCUGUUCUGCAACUCAUCGUACAUGACAACUAUGACCUAGAGACGCAUGACAACGACAUCGCCCUGCUGCAGCUGAGCUCUAGUGUCGCCUUCACUAAUUAUAUUAAGCCUGUCUGCCUGGCUACAGCCGGAAGCACGUUCUUCAAUGGCACUCUGACCUGGGUCACUGGCUGGGGAGACACCUCCAGUGGAGUAAGUCUCGCCUCUCCAAUGACCCUGCAGGAAGUACAAGUCCCAGUUGUUGGAAACAGGAAAUGUAACUGCUUAUAUGGAGUUGGAACUAUCACUGACAACAUGAUGUGUGCUGGAUUGCUGGCAGGGGGCAAAGACUCCUGUCAGGGAGACUCUGGAGGUCCACUGGUCAGCAAACAGAGUGGUGUGUGGGUCCAGGCAGGCAUUGUGAGCUUUGGUGAAGGCUGUGCUCUGCCAAAUUACCCUGGAGUGUAUACUAGAGUGUCUCAGUACCAAGGCUGGAUCAACCAGCAAAUCACCAGCAACCAGCCAGGCUUUGUCACAUUCACUUCUACAGGCACUGAUGGAGACCUGAGUGUGUCCUGUGACGGCCUGCCUGCUGUUGCUACAACCACCACAACCACUACAACCACCACUGUCCCCACAACUACUGCUUCAUCUGUGGUGUGUGGCAGUGCCAAGCUAAAUGCUGUUACAGGAGGGGGCAACUCCUUGGCAUCUGCAGGUGUGUGGCCAUGGAUGGCCAGCCUGCAACGUAGUGGUACUUAUGCCUGUGGAGGAACACUGGUAGCUGAGCAGUUUGUCUUGAGCUCCGCUGAUUGCUUCUCUAGCUCCACCAAUGCUUCUGACUGGACUGUAAUUCUGGGCCGCCUCAAACAGAACGGCUCCAACGCCAACGAGGUUUCUGUCAACGUGAUUAAAAUCUCACUGAGCACUGGUACAGCGAACAACGUAGCAGUACUGCAAUUGUCUCGCAAGCCAACACUUACGGACUAUAUUCAGCCCAUAUGUGUGGACCUGGGGAGCAACAGUUUCCCUAUCAACACUCAGUGCUGGGCGUCUGGCUGGGGUUCAGGAGGAGGAGUUGAGCAAACUCUUCAGCAGUUCAACACUACUAUACUGGACUGUGGGAGCACAUCCUCAUCUAACAGUAGCAUCUGCACAGGAGUCAUGCCUUUAGAACAGACUAAUAUAGGAGGUCCUCUGAUGUGUAAGGUUGACCAGUCAUGGGUCCAGCCUGCAGUUUUGACUCUGGCUACCAAGCUGUCUCGUGCCUCAGAUGUUCAGGUCUUCACUAAAACAUCAGGCUUCUCAGAAUUCCUGCUGACGGUAGUGGGCACCUUCCCUUCCAAAGCCAACACCACAUCUACCACCGUCAGUCCAGUCAGCUCCAGUGCAGAGGAGGUCGCCAUGGAGGAGUACGUGCAGGAGGCCUUGGAUCAAGGAUUAAUUCGUCCAUCUACAUCUCUGGCAGCGGCAGCGUUCUUCUUUGUGCAGAAGAAAGAUGGAGGACUUCGUCCAUGCAUAGACUAUAGGGGGUUGAACAACAUCACCAAAGCUUAUCCUUACCUCCUUCCUUUAGUGCCAGUGGCUCUGGAGCAUUUGCGUGGGGCCAAGUGUAAGUACGGUUAUCAGCCCCCUCUUAUGCCAUGGACAGCCACUCCCUCCAAAGUUCCUGCCGUUGAUUCCUGGAUGUCUCGCAGUGAACGGGUAUGGGAGGAGACUCAUCAGCAGAUCGAAGUGCCCGUAGUCUCUGGUCCGUUGGAUGAAGUCACACCCGACGCCAGUUCCCCGCCUCCUGUGGUCAUGGAGGGUGCACCCGUCUCCGUUGUCCGGCGGCUCCUGGACUCUCGGCGUAGAGGGGGCCUGCAGUACCUUGUGGACUGGGAGGGGUUCGGACUGGAAGAGAGGAGUUGGGUGCCGGCGGAGGAUGUGUUGGAUCCGGCCCUGGUGUUAGAGUUCCAUCAGUGUCAUCCAUCGCACCCCGCUCUCGGACUCUUUGGGGGGGGUGCGGGUCCGGGUCCUCCUCCCCUGCCUAACACACUCCAGAACUCCAUUUCCCAGAAUCCCAAUCCUCAUGACAUCAUCCCUUCCACCAAUCACAGACCUCUGCCUCGUUCUCAGUCACCUGAAUACUAA